AUGGAGAAAGAGAAAGAUGCUGAAGUAAAAGAAGAAGACAAAAAACUGAAUGAUAAACAACUGGAGGACAAGGAGAAGGGAGAGAAAAAGAUAGAGAGAGAGAAAGACAUUGAAGUCAAAGAAGGAAAAGAGCUGAAUGAUGAACCGCUGAUUGAAGAGAAAGAGGAAGGAGUUAACACGAAGGGAAAGGAAGGGCAAGAGGAGGUGACAGAAUGUGUGGUGGAGAUUAAAGAGAAAAAUGUGGAGGAUACUGGCAUGGCCACAGCUUUGGUGACCAAAACAGUCUCCAGUGAUUUGGCACAGAAUGGGAAUCAAGAGAAGGAGGAGGAGAAGGCCGCAGAGAAGGAUAUGAUGAGGAAAGAUGAGAAAAAAGAAAGAGUGGAGGAUGAUAAAGAGGUCGAUAUUAAAGAAAAGGAGGAGCUAGCGGAGGUGCAGGAAGAAAAGAAAGCAGAGGACAUGAAGGUGAAGGAGGAGCAGGAGAAGGUGGAGAUUAUGGUGGAGAGAAAACAGAAGCAGGUGGAUAUAACUGAUGGGACUGUGGCCAUGGAGAUGAGACCAGAGGUUUCCCUGAUGGAGGAUGGAAAGGAGCUGAUGGACAACAAAGGAAAGGAAGAUGAGAAAAAGAAAGCAAAGGAGAAGGAGGACAUGAAGGUGCAAGAGGAGCAAGAGGAAGUGAAGGAGUGUGUGUUGGAGGUAGAGGAGAAAGAGAAGGAAGACACAGAUGAUGGGACUGUGGCCGUAGAGACUACACUGAAGGUCUCUCUGGAGAGCAACACCACCAUCAAUCAAGAACAACAGGUGAAGAAAAGAAUGCCAGGGUGUCAAGGCGAUAAAUCCAAAAACAAACACGAUAAACACCAAGUGCACAAUGAGGUGACUGAGGAAAACAGACCGAAGCAGCACAUGAGGUAUGGACAACAACAUGAGUCCCAACAUAGAAUAGGAGAAAGGCGUGGUACAAGACAGGGAGUAAGAGGAUGCUGGAGAGAUUCAAAUGGAUGCCAAACAGGUCCUGUGGGAUGCUGGGGAGAUGCAAAGAGAUGCUGGAAAGGUCCAAUGGCACAUGAGGAAGAGAAGGAGAAGCAGGGCAUGAGCCUGAAGGAGGCGCAAGAGGAGGUGAAACAGUGUGUGGAGGACGGAGAAGAAAAGGAGGAGGAAAAUGUAUUCAAUCGCACUGUGACCAUGGGAACUACAUUGAAAAUCCAUUUGGUCAUAGACCGCAACACCACGACAAAUGAAGAUCAAGAGGUGAAGAAAAGAACGCGAGGGUGUAGAGGCGGAAAAUCGAAAAACAAACAACAGUACAAUGACAUGACUGAGGAAAACAAACGGAGGCAGGGCACAAAAGCUGGACAUCAACAUGAGUUUGAGCACCAAAACAGGGGAGUAGAAAGACAAAAUAAAACAGAGGGGGUGCAGGCAAAUUGGAAAGGUCCACAGCAGGAAGAAAGACAGACGAGAGAGGACAACCAAAAACAAACCAGAAACAAACACAGGUACAACAUGGCGGCGAGGAGGGAAUGGUACGCAGCAGACGCAUGUGGACGCCACACAGAGGAGACAGCGAGAAGCGAUGAGAAGAAGCGACCACAUGGGAGCCACGGGGGAAUCCACUGGAAUAAAGGAGGCUUGGUCGUGGAGAGGAGAGGGCCAGUUUGGGCAGAACACAAGAACAGAGAAGGAGGACAAACGCAGCAGGAGGAGAGAGGAGAGAGAAUGGGUGAGAGGCAGGGCCCUCAUCACCACAGAGAGAGGAGAGAGCACAUGAAGAGGAGAGACACAGGAAGAGGAAUAGGAGGAGAAUGA